AUGAAACUGUCUCAAUCUAUCUAUCUAUCUAUCUAUCUAUCUAUCUAUCUAUCUAUCUAUCUAUCUUAUUGCAGUUCAUAUGUAAAUAUAUUAUAUAAGGAAAUGGCUCAUAUUACCCUGACUAUCUAUCUAUCUAUCUAUCUAUCUAUCUAUCUAUCUAUCUAUCUAUAUAUAUAUAUAUAUAUGUAUAUCAGUCUGUUCGCAUCAAUCUAUCUAUUCGAAUCUAUCUAUCUAUCUAUCUAUCUAUCUAUCUAUCUAUCUAUCUAUCUAUCUAUCUAUCUAAUUAUCUAUCUAUCUAAUUAUCUAUUCGUAUCUAUCAUUGAUAUUGCCGAUUUUACUGCUUUUAAACUUCAAUUCAUCUAUCUAUCUAUCUAUCUAUCUAUCUAUCUAUAUAACAUUGGCCAAAUAUCGACUCUCGAUUGGCCCAUAAAAAAAGCACAUUACGAACUCUCUCCCACCAAGUCCGCUUCAACCAACCUGAUUUCCCGGCUUAUUAUUCUUUCGUUGACACAAUUUUUUUUUUUUUUUGAACAUCCAAACUUUUCUUGGCCCUCUCACUGGAAAGUGUUUGCUGUUAACUCUUUCUAUAAAUAA